GGAAUUUGCUCUUGCUCCAUCCCGUGGUGAGGGCAUCAAGCAUAGUAUCAGUAGUAUAAAGACCAAACCCGCCUCCCAAAAUGGCAUCCACGCUUUGCUGCAGAACCUCAUCAUCCUUGUCCAUCGUCUCCGCAUCCGGACUACGACGCCGCCUGCCUCUGGUUGGGGCCUUUUGCGUGCUUAGCUUUGGUCUCUCCAAUCUCUGCCUCUCCUACAACUCUCCCCUCAAGACGGGCUGUGCUCAGUCUCUUCCCUUUGCCAAUCUCUUACGAUCGAAGUUUAGUGGCCAAUCGCCUGCCAAGAGUGUCCAUACUUUCAGAAUGGAAGGGAGUAGCAACACUGUACCCAGCAUCGUCGUCUAUGUCACUGUCCCCAACAAAGAACUGGGUAAGAAGUUGGCUGAAAGCAUUGUCAGAGAGAAACUUGCUGCUUGUGUAAACCGUGUACCAGGUAUUGAAUCUGUGUACGAGUGGAAGGGAGAGAUCCAGACAGAUAAUGAGGAACUUCUUAUAAUCAAAACUAGGCAAUCCCUUUUACAAGAUCUCACAGAGCAUGUCAAGGCAAACCAUGAGUAUGAUGUGCCCGAAGUAAUUGCGUUGCCUAUCACCGGUGGCAGUCUCCAGUAUCUAGAAUGGAUCAAAAACAGCACAAGGGACUGACUUUCCAUCUCAUCAAGAUGUUGAUGGGGCUAUCCUAUAUAAACAGGGCACCCGGGAGGAAAGCUUAUAUUACAGGAGUUUCUUACUAAAAUCAUCAGGGCCGUGGGCCUCCAAUGCACCAUAUCACAAGACUUCGGCACAGCUAUCUUAAGAUGAUUGUUGGCCCCCAGGGUUUCCCCAGUUCGGUUUCUAUGGAAGGCCCGCUGCAGUAAAAUACCGAGUGAAAAGAGACCAAAGUUAUCGGGCUCACACUCGACCCCAUAAGGUACGUACCGACAAGAAUAUGCCAUACGCACAGCCAGCUCCAAAAAUAUGCCAGACAUCGCCCAGCCGCCAUCCCUUAACCCCUUUCAUUGAUGAUGUUGAUAGACGAUUGAAGUCCAUCAGGAACAUCAAUCGAUUUGAAAUAUAUACAUUUCACAA